AUGCGGACUUACAUACGCAAGAAAACCGAGUGUCAGUUAAUAGAAGGAGGAGUCGAAGACUUGUGCAGACUGUGCUUAGGAAAAUCCACUUCAUCUGUUCAAAUUUUUACGGAUGACUGUGAAAAUGACAUCUGCGGCCCGCUACGUUUGAGGAUCAUGAUCUGCGUAGGCUUGGAGAUGACCCGAGAAGACUGUCUUCCAAAUAAUAUCUGUGUAGAGUGUUAUAAAGAAUUGGAGAAAUACUAUACAUUCCGCAAAAAAUGUGAAAUUACCUAUCAGAAGUUAAAGUCUCAUGUAAUGGCAGUAAAAGAAAUUGAGCGUCGGAAAAAUUUAGGGAUCAUGCAGAAAAUGAAAAUAGAGACUGAUGAUAAGUUUAUUACUCAAGAAGAAACAAUCCAACAUAUGGUCUUAUCACUGAAUGGAGAGCAUUCAGCAGAGCCAGUGAAUGUUUUUAACAGUAUACAGUUAAAUAAUUUACAGAUGCAAAAUGUAUCAGUCACAAAUCUUCCUACAUUCGGAACAGAGGAAUCACAAUCACCUAUGCCAAUGAUUUUAUCCUCAAUCUUAUUGGAACUUGGAGUGCUACAACAGCAGCCAGAUGGCACACUAUUAAUGGUUGAUCCAGACCUUAAGAUUGUGGAGUUAGAGGGAGAAAACAAUGCUAAAGUCACAUUAGAACUUGUUGAAGAAGACACAAUAUUGGACGGAACUGAAUCAAAUAAUACUCAAGAACAAAUAUUUGCUAAAGUAACAGCUGUAACAGCUAACUAUAGUCAAAAUUCAUCAGAAACAAAUGUUGUUCAAGACCAUUUGAAUAAAUUAAAAUCAAAAAAUAGUAGUGACAAAGAAAAGGACGAUCGUUGGUGUUCGACGUGCGGCAAGCGAUUCGCAUCGCCCAACGCAUUAACGCGCCACCAACGCGUGCACUCCGGGGAGAAGCCGUACUCGUGUCGCGUGUGCGGACGGAAAUUCGGACAGAGGGAGGUCAUGACCCGCCACGAGCUGGUGCACAGAACAAAGCGUCCGUUCGCGUGCUCGCGUUGCCCCAAGAGCUUCACUCAGCGCGGUGCGCUCGCGCAGCACGCCCGCCAGCACGCGCGCACCCUCGCACUGCACCGCUGCGGGUUCUGCUCUAAAGUCUUCCUCUACGCCUCCGGUCUGAGCCGUCACAUGACAGUGCACACUGGUAAAGUGUUCGUGUGCAACGCGUGCGGCCGACACUUCCGAGACAAGAGCUCUCUGCUCCGACACUUACGCAAUUCGCACCCCGACACGGAAUCCACGCCCUCUGCCCUGCCUACUAAGAAAAACCCGCAGAUUAUUGCGCCACAGACGAUAGAAAUGAACCCAUAG